GACGCUGUGAAGCAGCUCCGUGCUGUGGUUGGAAGCAUCGUGACUGUCAUGCGACUGCCCCCGCCUCUAGCCACGCAAGACCGCAAACCUGACGCAUUGCACUGCAGCGGCUCGAACCAAUGUCUCAGUUUAACAGCACUUUUUUUUUUCUUUUCUUUUCUCGAAAGCUCGUUGCUGUCUGGUUCCAAGCGCAGCAGGGUUUGGCAGUUUCUUUGGUAACAGAACAAGUUGAGACAGAGUUUCUCUGCUGCAGGUUACCUGCGCUCGGAGACAUGUUUCUGUGCAGCGAGCGAGGGCAGCUCAAACUAACGCCAGUUGUUUUUCCUCUCUCAGUGCUAAGGGAACCGCUCAAUAGCAACACAUACCAGAAACUCUAUAGAAUAGUGUAAUAAAAUAACUGAAGGGCACAGUAUCUCAUAAUCUACCAUUUAAUCUAGCGAGGGAGAGAAAAACAAGCCGCCAAAUUGAACAAAAAUACCGUGGGUGCGUUCACGGAUAUCAUUCUGCGCAGAUUCUGUGUAGAAUCUGAGCAAUUUAGCCAAUGGGUGCGUUCACGGAGACCAUUCUUAGAAGAUGAUUGGCUGUAUUGUUCAGAUUGUGCAGAAUGAUCCCGUGAACGCACCCUCGUUGAGCAUGCUUAUCUCGGGUUAACGUGUAUGCUGUAUAUCUGAUCAGAGACAGGCAGCUCGACAGCAUUCUUCAGGAUUUCGAGUUCAUUAUCACUGAGUCACGCCUCUGUAAAGUUGGUGUGAUUGCGCUUCUCGGGGGUGGUAGAAACAGGUUUCAGUCUUAGGAGUGAGACGAAAGUCAAGGUGAAACAGGAGCUAGACGUUUACUCCGGUAUUUCUGUGUGUCUCUCGUUUUCCUUUCUUGUUUGAAUGGGAUAGAAGCAGGCUGCCCGGUUGCCAUGCUGCGCAGAGGCUCUAUCCGCACCCUCCAGGUGCUGGCCGCUGUGUUCGUGAAGACCCAAGACAGGGCGAGGACGUUUGAGCAACACAACCUGCCGGCAACAACUAGGAAAGAAGUUGAUCCUUACAGGAACCUUUCUGUGAAAAUCAUAGAAGCCAAAAACAUUCCCAAGAAGGAUCUGUUUUCUCAGUCAGACUGCUACGUGGCUCUCAGACUCCCCACAGCAUCGUCGAAGACUCACCGCACCCGAACCGUGUGGGACUCUAGCGCCCCCGUGUGGAACGAGACCUUCCGCUACAGGAUACACAGCCACGUGAAGAACGUUCUGGAGCUGAGUGUGCUUGACCAGGACCUGCUCUCCAGAGACGACCUCUGCAUCAACGUGUUCUAUGACCUCGAUAACCUUUCACCCGGGGAGGUGGUACGGCACGUCUUCACACUGGACCCUGAGACGAGGGGGGAGCUGCAUGUGGAGUUCACAGUGGAGGAGAGCAAGGAGCCUCCUGGAGAAAUUCAGACCAAUGGUGUGCUGGUGGCCAGCCAUCUUUCCCUUCUGGAGGUCCAGGUGGAGAACAGCACAGAGGCGAAGGCGCUCACUAGAGAGGAUGAAAGCCUCGCCCUGCAGGUGACAGGAGCCUAUGAGAAGGAGCAGACUGUGUUUGGCCUGCCCCCCCACCCCGCCCCUAUGCAACCCCUGACCUUCCACCUCAACCUGGACCUGGAGGCUGAGAUAAGCGCCAGGCUGACCCCGGACAGCAAUGUGAAGAGUGAGGACCCUGCAGAAGAGGAAGAGGCGGGGCACACCCCCGACGCAGCGGCCGUGACGCUGACAUCACUUCCUGUUGGACAAGAAGUCUUGCUGUCAGUCCCUGUUGGAAAGGAUAAAGAUAUCGAACUUAAGCUGAAGGCUACAGACAGCGCGGAGGCCCUGGACCUGCGUCUGGGGUUCGAUCUCUCUGCGAUGGAGCUGCAGUGUGUGGAGAGGAGGAAGCUGCGGGCGUGUCAGGCCCUGCAGAGAGUCCUGCACCUGAGCCAAGCGCCCCACCCCGAGGAGGUACCCGUGGUGGCAGUAGUGGGAUCAGGGGGAGGGAUCCGAGCGAUGACCUCGCUGCUGGGCUCCCUGCUUGGUCUGCAGAGGCUGGACCUGCUGGACACAGUGACCUACAUCGCGGGGGUCUCGGGUUCGACAUGGGCCAUGUCCGGCCUCUACACAGACCCAGACUGGUCCCAGCAUGACCUGCAGGGCCCGAUCAGGAGAGCCCAGGCCGCGGUGAGUAAGAGCCAGCUGGGCAUGCUGUCGACGGAGCGGCUGCAGUAUUACUGUGGGGAGCUGAAGAGGAGGGCAGGCGAGGGGCAGGCAGUCAGCUUCCUGGACCUGUGGGGGCUGAUCAUCGAGUACCUGAUCCAUGGAGAGAGGGACCCAGCCACCCUGUCUGACCAGCAGAGGGCAGUAGCAGAGGGUCAGAACCCCUUUCCCAUUUACACAGCCGUCAACCUGAAGGAGGGGAUCUCGGGGAGUGCCAGCAUGGCAGAGUGGUGCGAGUUCACCCCCUAUGAAGUGGGCUUGCCCAAGUACGGAGCCUUCAUCCGGGCCGAGGACUUUGGGAGCGAGUUCUACAUGGGUCACCUGAUCAAGAGACACCCCGAGACACGCAUCCCCUACCUGCUGGGGCUGUGGAGCAACUUGUUCUCCAUUAACCUGACCCAGGGCUUGACCUCGCUGUCUGGCUCCUUUCCAAACUGGAUCCAGUGGCUCAGAGAGGCCGUGCGCAGCAAGGACGAGGGCGCUGUGGCGGGGAGGCCAGCCGCGCUGGACACCUUCUUCGUGACUCCGGUCAGCGCGGUCACCCAGCUGCUGGAGGAGAUGCUGAGUGACCGGCCCAUCAUCGGCCAGAGCUACAACUUCAUGAGGGGACUGAACCUGCAUCGAGACUACAGCCAGAGCCACGGGUUCACUGCAUGGAAUGGGACCCAUCUGGAUGCCUUCCCGAAUCAGCUGACCCCUGCUGACCCCCAGCUGCACUUGGCAGAUUCGGGGUUCUCCAUCAACACGGGGACCCCGCCCCUGCUGAGACCCGAGAGGGGCGUCGACGUGCUGCUGUCAUUCAACUUCACCUGGGGGGACCAGUUCAAGGCUCUGAAGCUGACGGAGCAGUACUGUGCUGAUCACUGCCUGCCCUUCCCCCGCAUCGAUCUGAGCUCCAUCGAGGGGCGCCCCCUGCAGGAGUGCUACGUCUUCACCGACGAGGGGGACCCCCGCGCCCCGAUAGUGCUGCACUUCCCUCUGGUCAACCACUCCUUCAGGGAGAACAGCGCCCCAGGAGUACAGCGCGUGGGGGAGGCGGAGUUGAGCGAGGCCCGGUUCGAGGUUCUGACUCCGGACUCGGAUUACCGCACCUUCGAUGUGAGCUACACCCCGGCACAGCACCAGCGUCUGGUGGAGCUGACCUGCUACAACGUGCUCAAUAACAGCCAGGCCCUGCAGGGGGCGCUGCGCCAGGCUCUGGACAGGAAGAGGGAGGCGCGACACGCACAGGAAGUGACACAGCGCCACGCGGCAGCGUAGCGGGACACACCCCGGGGUCAGAUCAGGGACUGGGGUCUUCAGCGGUCAUGCUGAUCUGAGUCAUUCGCUGUCUGGACAUGGUGCUGGUGAAACCGCUCCAGGGCAAAGAUUUGCCUUAUGUUUUUUUUUGUGUGUGUGUGUGGGGGGGGUGACGAGGAGAAAAACAUGAUUGUUAUAAAACCAGUAAGAAAUGACUCUUGAAAAUUCACCUGCACCUGUAAAAAAUGGAUGACGUGAACAUUCGACUGAGAGACUGCACAGUGUAACUGUGUGCACACACAUGAAUAAUGAAGAGACUGCACAGUGUAACUGUGUGCACACACAUGAAUAAUGAAGAGAGUGCACAAUGUAACUGUGUGCACACACAUGAAUAAUGAAGAGACUGCACAAUGUAACUGUGUGCACACACAUGAAUAAAGAAGAGACUGCACAAUGUAACUGUGUGCACACACAUGAAUAAUGAAGAGACUGCACAAUGUAACUGUGCACACACAUGAAUAAUGAAGAGACUGCACAGUGUAACUGUGUGCACGCAUGAAUAAUGAAGAGACUGCACAAUGUAACUGUGUGCACACACAUGAAUAAUGACGUUCAGGAACUGGGCGUGAUUUACUUCAGUCUUUAUUUCACAAAACCCUAACCAGACAACUAUACGAGUGGAGGCGGUCUGGAAAGUGUAAAUGUGUCCUUGAGUAACUACAGGGAGAAAAUGUUUAUAGUUUAAAAAACAAGACAACCUCUCAGAUACACUCUGUUAAUACUGAAUAUUUUAAACAGUACCCUGGACAUGCAAAUCACAUAUUGACAACUUGACUAAAAUAUAGAAGCACUAGCUUUCUUCAUGGCUUCUGUAUAGACUGGAGCUGAUUCAUAUAUUUUAGGAUUACUUGCAAUUUUCACUCAAUAUUAUUGAACUUGCAUUUUCCAUCUGUUCCUCACACAUGUUGUAAGAAAAAUAAAUGUAUUAAAUUGUUGUUUUCAGUGAACCACUUUCUCUGGGCAAAAUAAAGAGUUAUUUUUUGCUUUGAAAUAA